CGAUUCCGGUUUGCGGGAAGCGGACGUCCCCACUACCAAGACUUGUUACGUUGCAAGCUUCCGUAUGCAACGUAAGGUGUAAACGUUGAAAACUUUACUUCUUUGACUUGGUUGGCUCUUAAACAUAUUUGUCUUCAAUCUCCACUACCAAGACUUGUUAUCAGCUGCAAAGUCUUCGCUGGACAAGUAGUAUAUAAUUGACUCAUCGUAAAGAAAACAUUGUUCCUUGUGAAAGUUUUCAUGAUGGCCAUGUCAUGUUUACGUUUGCAUUUUCUCUUCGUACUGUGUUGUGUCUUUGCAUCAAGCAUCUCUAUGAUAAAUGCUCUUGUUGUCGGACGUCCUGCUUGUCGUCCCGACCAGAUCCGAGCUCUCGUGGAGUUCAAGAAUGAGUUUGAAUCCCGCGGUUGCAACAACAGCGACUACUUUCACGGGGUCAUGUGCGAUAACACGACCGGUGUUGUCACGAAGCUAAAACUCCCAAGUGGCUGCUUAACUGGAAUUCUCAAACCCAACAGUAGCCUUUUCGAUCUGCAUCAUCUUCGUCGCCUCGAUCUGUCUGGCAACAACUUCACGUCUUCUGCACUCCCUUCUGGAUUCAGCAAUCUUAGCAGAUUAGAGGUGCUGUAUCUUUCCUCAAAUGGCUUUAUAGGUCAGGUUCCUUCCUCAUUUAGUAACUUGAGCCAGCUUUCCUAUUUAGACCUUUCCAAUAACGAGCUCACGGGUAGUUUCGAUCUUGUUCGGAAUCUGAGUAAACUCUCCUUUUUAGACCUUUCCUCUAACCACUUUUCUGGAACUCUGAAUCCUAGCAGUAGCCUAUUCGAGUUUCAUAACCUUAUUUACCUUAAUCUCGCUGACAACAACUUAGUUUCCUCUUCAAUUCCUUCUGAAUUUGGUAAUCUCAACAGAUUGGAGUUCUUGUCUCUUUCCAACAAUGGCCUCCAUGGUCCACUUCCUUCCUCUUUUGGUAACCUAAGUCGGCUAAAGUUUCUGUUCCUUCAACAUAGCGAGCUCACUGGUACCCUAGAGCCUAUCUCAAAGCUCAUCAACCUUCAGCAGCUUGACCUUUCUUUCCUAAAUUACAUAAACUACCCAAUUGACUUAAACCUUUUCUCCUCUCUCCGUUCUUUACUACUCCUUGAUCUUUCCGGUAAUAGUGUAUCACCAACUAGUUCCAGUUUAAAUUCAGACCUCCCAUUGAGCUUGGAAGUACUGUUUUUUCCCAGCUGCGGCAUCAGUCAGUUCCCAAGCUUCUUAAAAGGCCUUCACAACUUGGAGCGUAUAGACAUUUCCCACAAUAAAAUCAAGGGGAAGGUUCCUGAGUGGUUUUGGAACCUUCCUCGUUUGAGCAUUGUGAGUCUUGUUAAUAACUCUUUCACAGGGUUUGAAGGUUCCGGGGAUGUUUUACAGAAUUCACCAGUGAAGAUAUUAGAUUUGGCGUUAAACCAUUUCAAAGGACCAUUUCCUAAUCCACCACACUCUCUCACCGUCUUAUCGGCAUGGAACAAUAGUUUCACUGGAAGUAUACCUCUUGCAAUCUGCAACCAAACCAUGCUUGCUCUUCUUGAUCUCUCCUACAACAACUUCACCGGUUCAAUUCCUCCAUGUCUGAGUAAUUUUCAAACCUCUCUCAUUGUUGUGAAUCUCCGGAAGAACAACUUGGAGGGAAGUCUUCCAGACAUGUGUUUUGAUGGUGCCUUGCUUCGGACACUUGAUGUUGGUUUCAAUCAACUAAGUGGGAAGCUUCCGAGGUCUCUUCUCAACUGCACCUCUCUAAAGUUUCUAAGUGUGGACAACAACAAAAUCAAAGACACAUUUCCUUUCUGGCUCAAGGCUUUGCCUUAUUUGCAAGCUCUUACCCUCCGUUCAAACAGAUUCUACGGUCCUCUAUCUCCUUCUGGUCAAGGUAUUUUCGCGUUUCCCGAGCUGCGCAUACUUGAAGUAUCGUAUAACAACUUUACAGGAAGCUUGCCUCCAAAUUACUUUGUGAACUGGAAAGCAUCAUCACUUCAGAUGAAUGAAGAUGGGGGUUUGUAUAUGGGAGACAACAGCAUUCCUGACUACAACUAUGAAGAUACCAUAGAUCUUCAAUACAAAGGUCUAUUCAUGGAGCAAGGGAAGGUCCUCACUUCAUAUGCCACCAUCGAUUUUUCUGGAAACAGACUUGAAGGACAGAUUCCUGAAUCUAUUGGUCUUUUGAAGACACUGAUUGCACUCAACUUAUCCAACAACGCCUUCACGGGACAUAUUCCUUUGUCUUUGUCAAAUGUUUCAGAGCUUGAGUCACUAGAUCUAUCGGGUAAUCAACUCUCAGGGACUAUUCCUAAAGGACUGGAGAGACUCUCGUAUCUGGCGUACAUAAGUGUUGCUCGUAACCAACUCAAGGGUGAAAUACCACAAGGAACACAGAUCACUGGUCAAGCUAAAUCCUCCUUUGAAGGGAAUUCAGGUCUCUGUGGUCUUCCUCUGGAACAAAGUUGUUUCGGUACUAACGCACCACCAAUACAACAACAGCCAGAGCAAGAAAAAGAAGAAGAGGAAGAAGUAUUGAACUGGAAAGCAGUGGUAAUAGGGUAUGUGACUGGAAUGUUGCUUGGAUUGUCAAUAGCACAAGUCAUUGCUUCAUACAAGCCGGAGUGGCUUGUCAAGAUAACUGGUCCGUAUAAAUGCAGAACCCGUUAGGAUC